AUGAAGAAAACAAAGACGCUGGUGGCUUCCUUCUCCACCCUUUUCAGACGAACACAUCCUUCAACUUCACGGUGUAAUCCACUCGCUACGAUUCAAUCACAAACCCAAUUGCGUCGCGAGUCUCUGCAACAUCAUUCUUCUUUAGCUGAGGCUCUCGCGGGUCGACUCCGAUUUCCCGGGAGAUCUUUCAGCUCGGAAUCUGGAACCGGGAAGACAAGCUCCGGCUGCUGGAACUGUGGCGAGAAAGCUGCGUUUUUGUUCUGUAACUCAUGCCGUAGCAUUCAACCUGUUGAUGAUUCCGUCGAUUACUUUCAGAUAUUUGGCUUGGAGAGGAAGUAUGAGAUAAGCCCUGGAAGCCUUGAAGGCAAGUACAAAGAUUGGCAAAAGAAGCUACAUCCUGAUUUAGUUCACAACAAAUCCCAGAAAGAAAGAGAUUACGCGGCUGAUCAGUCUGCUAAGGUGACUGAAGCAUGUCGGACAUUAACCAAGCGGCUGUCUAGAGCAAUGUAUAUAAUGAAGCUGAGUGGCGUAAAUGUCAAUGAAGAAGAAACAAUAACAGACCCAACAUUGUUAAUGGAGGUUCUCAAAUACAUGUCAGUCAUAUAA